GAAUACAGGUAUCAAAUUUAGAAAAUGUUGGACCAAUCGUACGCUACGCCUAUGAGCUUCCAGUAGCUUCCAGAAAAACCGUGAAUAUUCUCGAAUAUAACCUUUAAAUAUAUAAGGAGUGAAAACCUCUGCGCAUGGGAGUGAGUGAGUUGCAUUGAAAUUGAGUAGACGUGUUAUAGAUAAAUUCGCAUAUUUGGUAUAUAGUGAUUUGGAACAUUUAAACUAACAUUUGUAUAUUCUACAUCAUUUUUUAAGUGCGUUUUAAAAUUCUCAUAAUGGGUAAGGAUUAUUACAAAAUUUUGGGCAUAUCCAAAGGUGCUAGUGACGACGAUAUCAAAAAAGCAUAUCGAAAACUAGCUUUAAAGUAUCAUCCAGAUAAGAAUAAGACUCAAGGAGCUGAAGAAAAGUUCAAGGAAGUUGCUGAAGCCUACGAAGUGUUGUCUGAUAAAAAAAAGAGAGAUAUUUACGAUAAGUAUGGCGAAGAGGGGCUAAAGGGAGGUAUCCCUGGAGGAACGGACAAUGGUACAGGCCCGAACUAUUCCUACACUUUCCACGGAGAUCCAAGGGCAACAUUUGCUCAAUUCUUUGGCAAUUCAAGUCCAUUUUCAGCUUUCUUUGAUUUUGGUAAUAAUCGAAUGUUUGGUGGUAUGCAAGAUGAUGAAAUGGAUGUUGAUGAUCCAUUUGUGACACUUGGGGUUGGAGGACCACCAAGAGCAGGUCCAGGUGGUGCAUUUAGGAGUCAAUCAUUCAAUUUCCAUAACAGUCCUAAUAAAAAUAGAGACAAGAUUCAAGAUCCACCAAUUGAGCAUGAUCUCUAUGUUUCCUUAGAAGAUAUCACCAAAGGAUGCCAAAAGAAAAUGAAGAUAAGUAGGAAAGUUUUACAGCCUGAUGGAACAACGAAGAAAGAAGAUAAAGUACUAACUAUCAAUGUGAAACCUGGAUGGAAAGCAGGUACGAAAAUUACAUUCCAAAGAGAGGGUGAUCAAGGCAGAAACAAAAUACCUGCAGAUAUUGUUUUCAUUAUUAGAGAUAAGCCACAUCCACAAUUUAAAAGAGAAGGCAGUGACAUCAAAUUUACUGCAAAGAUAUCUUUGAAACAGGCAUUAUGUGGAUGUACUGUUGAAGUACCAACAAUGUCUGGAAAAUCUAUACCACUUCAUUAUACCAAUGAAAUCAUCAAACCAAAUACAAGUAGACGUAUUCAAGGAUAUGGUUUACCUCUUCCAAAAGAACCAUCUCGAAGGGGGGAUCUGAUAGUCACCUUUGACAUAAAAUUUCCAGAUAAUCUCUCCCAAUCCGCAAAAGAUAUUCUUUAUGAUACUCUACCAAAUUAAGAUGAUUUGCAAGUGUUAUUUGUACGUUUUAGUACAAUACAUGUCAAACAUAUUAAUUAUGUACUUUAUGUAAAUAAAUUAGCUUUUUUAGGUUUGUAUUUGUUAGGAUAACUAUGAAAAUAUUAGGUUUUAUAUUAAUAUAAACAACUUGGCCAAAUUGUCUGUAUCAGUGAGAAAUGAAAAUUGUAAAUAGUUUGUAUACAAUUUGAAUAUUUGUAAAUUGUUUUAGUAUUGCAUUGAUUAUCAUUAAUAAAUUAUUUUUUUACUUAACUUUUCUGUUAUUUAAACCUAAGAAAAUAUGAUCAUUUAUAUGGUUGUUUGAUUCUAGCCGACUUACUACAAAGCAGCUGCUGUCACUAGUUAUUUUGUAAUUAUUAUGAUGAAUAAAUAAAAUUUAAAAUUG